AUGACAUCCUGGUUGUAUGAAUGUCUUUGUGAAGCUGAACUAGCACAGUAUUAUCCUCAUUUUACUGCCCUUGGCCUUCAGAAAAUAGAUGAAUUAGCCAACGUUACAAUGAAGGACUACUCCAAAUUGGGAGUCCAUGACAUGAAUGACCGCAAACGUCUCUUCCAACUUAUCAAAAUCAUUAAGAUUAUGCAGGAAGAAGAUAAAGCAGUCAGUAGCCCAGACUAUCAUCUUCAGACAAGCAGUCUGUGUGUCAAGCCUCAGAAAUCCAGAUGUGGCCCUCGCAGGCAACUGCAUUUUGAUUCUCCUGCUGACAACAAAGACAGAACUACCAGCAACAAUCAGUUUGAACUGUGUGAUUUAUCAGAUUUUUCUGCAGGUGAACAGAAGUCUAACUACAUAGAAGUACUGGAGCACAUGCUACCAGAUGAUUCCCAGUACCAUAUACAAACAGGAAUUCUGAAUGCCACAGCUGCUGAUUCCUACAUACAAAAAGAAGCUAAGACUUCACGCUUUUCAUCAAAUCACUUUUCUCCAGUACAGGGGGAUUGUGAUAGUUCAGUUAUUCAAAGAGUCUCUCAUGUUUCAGGGUAUAACUAUGGAAUUCCUCAUUCCUAUAUCAGACAGAACACUUCAGAGAAAGAGAAUCCUUGGACUGAGAUGGAGAAAAUCAGAGUUUGUGUUCGAAAACGCCCUCUGGGCAUGAGGGAGGUACGUCGUGGAGAAAUCAACAUUAUUACUGUUAAAGAUAAAGAAACUCUACUUGUUCAUGAGAAGAAAGAAGCAGUUGACCUCACACAAUAUAUUCUACAGCAUGUUUUUUAUUUUGAUGAAAUCUUUGAUGAGGCGUGCACCAAUCAAGAUAUUUACAUGAAGACUACUCACCCACUCAUUCAGCAUAUUUUCAAUGGAGGCAAUGCCACUUGCUUCUCAUAUGGACAGACAGGUGCUGGAAAGACCUAUACCAUGAUAGGAACUCAUCAGAACCCAGGACUGUAUGCUCUGGCUGCCAGAGACAUCUUCAGACAACUGGAAGUGUCCCAGCCAAGAAGGCAUCUUUUUGUUUGGAUCAGCUUCUAUGAAAUCUACUGUGGACAGCUUUAUGACCUUCUAAAUAGAAGAAAAAGGCUCUUCGCCAGAGAAGAUAGCAAGCAUGUAGUACAAAUAGUGGGACUGCGAGAGCUUCAGGUGGAUAGCGUGGAGCUCCUCUUAGAGGUGAUCCUCAAGGGCAGCAAGGAGCGCAGCACCAGGGCCACUGGAGUUAAUGCAGACUCCUCCCGCUCUCACGCUAUCAUCCAAAUUCAGAUCAAAGAUUCAGCCAAGAGGACAUUUGGCAGGAUCUCUUUCAUUGACUUGGCUGGCAGUGAAAGAGCAGCGGAUGCCAGAGACUCAGAUAGACAGACAAAGAUGGAAGGCGCGGAAAUAAACCAGAGUCUUCUGGCUCUGAAGGAAUGUAUCCGUGCAUUGGAUCAGGAACACACCCACACUCCUUUCAGGCAAAGCAAAUUAACUCAGGUGCUGAAGGACUCUUUCAUUGGCAAUGCCAAAACCUGCAUGAUCGCCAACAUCUCACCAAGCCAUGUGGCCACUGAACACACUCUGAAUACUUUGCGCUAUGCUGACCGGGUCAAAGAACUAAAGAAAGGCAUUAAAUGUUGUACUCCAGCUAACAGUCGAAAUCGAACAUCUGGAAACUCUUCUAACUCUUCUCCAAAACGAAUUCAGAGCUCUCCUGUGGCCCUGCCAGGGGACAAAUGUUCUCCCAAAAAAGUCAAGCUGGGGCUUCAGCAGCCGCUCACAGUGCCAUCUGGUUCCACGAGAGGGAAGGCCCAUCCUCUGGCUAGUCACCCAGCCAAUAUCCCUUUUGCUUCUGUACCUAAGGUUCCUGGCAAAGAGGGUGGCUCUCGAGGGAGUCCUCCCCGAGAGUGGGUCAUUCAGACUAGCUCUAACAAAGGAUGUGUGCCGUCUGGACAUGUAGCCAUAAAAAGGGCAGAAGAAUCAGCUGCAUUAUGCUCUGAGAAAAACCCAGUUGGCAACAAAACCGCCCUAGGCUGGGGAAGCAGGGCGCCAGGCCCAGGAGGGGACCUGGUCCGUGGUCAGCCACCCUCCCGGUGCAAGAAAGUGCAGACUGUGCAGCCAGUGCAGAAGCAGCUUGUGUCACGAGGCGAGCUCUCCUUUGGCAGCGUCCACCGCUUAGCGGAGUAUGGUCAGGGCAGCAAGGAGGGCACACCUAGCCGGCCUGCCUCUGAAGCUUGGACCAGCAACAUCCCUGCUCGUCAGAAGGAGCGGGAGGAGCAUUUGCGCUUUUAUCACCAGCAGUUCCAGCAGCCACCUCUCCUCCAGCAGAAGUUAAAGUACCAACCCCUGGAAAGGUUUUUAUGCCGGUCCCAGCCCCCAGAGGGGCAGCUCCAGAACGACAUCCCUUCUCCCUUCCACCCUCAUCGUGCUGAGAGUCAUGAUGGAGCCCAAGUCCCCCAAGCGGAGGACCCUGAUGACAGCGACUUCAGUGAAGAUUCUUUUUCACACGUCUCCUCUCAAAGGCCCAGAGAGCAGGGAAAGAGUCAGGAGAACAGUGGAGGCUCGUUCUUCCUUCAUCAGAGGGAGCAAGGUCCUGAGGAGCGGGUGGCUGAGAGGCAGCAGAGUCUCUUUUUCAGCCCAGAUGGUGACAAGGAGGGUGUAACUGGAAGCUGGGUCUACUCCCAGGACCCCGCAGGCCACAGAAGGAUAGCACUUGAUCACGGCUGCAGCCCAGGUCAGGUGCCUUUGGACUGGAGCAGAGAGGAGGACUCAGACCUCUCAGGGCCUCCUCUCAGAGAAGACCUGGCAGGGAAGCCUUACUGCUCACAGGUAGACUCUGUAUAUGGUCAGGGAAGAGGUGGCGGCCCUGCUUUUGACCUCAGACAGGAAGCCUUCAGAAGUGAGGUUCCUGGGCAGGCCGAGGACAGCUUGCCAUCCCUGGGGGAAGAUGGUUUCACUUGCUCACUAUCCCACAUCGCAGUUCCUGGGUCCCCAGACCAGAGAGACAAAGUGAGCACACCCCUGAGAGAAGUCAGUGAAGACAGCCCAACUCUGGAGACCAGAACAAUGAAAGACAGUAACCCUUUCCAAGGAGAAGACUCUAAAGGUGAAUUAGGCACGAGCUCUGAGCAUGCUUCCGGACUGAUGGCUCCGCUCACCAUGUCCCUCCUGGAGAGCCUGGAUGAUGGGGGCCCUCCUUCCUGGGAGCAGCCGGCCCAGGAUGGAACUGUGCGUGGUCUCGUGGCAGCAGACACAGAGGGGCCAGCAGUGGGCCACACAGUGUCAUCGGGUGAUCCAGAGGCAGUCCCGCCAACGUCUUCAGCAGCUGAGCACCUGUGGCUCUCCUCAUCUCCCCCCGACAACAAGCCUGGGGGCAGUCUUCCAGCUCUGUCCCCAUCACCCAUCCGUCAGCACCCGCCUGACGAGCUGCCCGACGGGGAGGCUGACCCGGGGGAGGCCUGCCAGAGCAGAGACACCGCACUCUUCUCCCGGGGGCACUGUGAUGCCAAUGUUGAGACAGAGCUGGACGGCUCCCAGGGUUUCCUGGGAAAGCCCUUCCUCACCUUACAUCCUGGAGGACCUCACAUUGGGCCUACACUCACCCCCCGAGCAGGAAGUAGUAAUGUGGCUGACCAGCCCAGGGCCCAGGAGAGAAAGCAGCUGGCAGGGCCCAGUUGGCCGGAACUGGGUUUCUCCACAGACCCCAUCACACUGUCUUGCUACAAUGAGGGCAUUGCAUGGCUCAAACAUAGGCCAAUCCCAAGGCCCUUAGCAAGGCCAGGCUCUCCCCUGGUGGCCAGCUGUUCUCCCAAGACCACCAGGACACUCCGUCAGCCUGUCCUGGGGCAGGCACAGCAGGUCGUCAUCCAAGCACACCGGGAACAGCUGGAUGAAAUGGCUGAGCUGGGCUUCAAGGAGGAGACCCUGAUGAGCCAGCUGGCUGCUACCGAUUUUGAAGGUUUUGUGAUCCAGCUAGAUGAAAUCAUGGUUAUGAAGUCCAAGUGCAUCCAGAGUCUGAGGAGCCAGCUACAGCUAUACCUGGCCUGCCACAAGCCAGCUGCAGGCCCCGAGAGGACAGUGGUGUCUUAG